CGAUGAUCUUAUUGAAAGAGCAUAUGCUUACGGCGUGGCAUAGCAUGAGCAAUUUUCGCUUGUUUUCUCUUUCGCCGUUCUCCAGCAUUUGACUCAUUUCCAUCGCGGUAGUGGACUGUUAGAACGCUCGAGUCAUCGCAUCUCCACGCAUAAAAGUUACCAAAUCUGCCCACCUCCCAUUGCCAUUAAUUCCAUAUUCAAAACCUCCUGUUACAAGUCGAUUGACAAGUUCGAGUGGAGUCCAUAGAGCCUUUCACCAUGCCACCCACAACAUUGAACACGUCGUUAGACCAAUCAAUCAGACUGGACGUUCUAGUCGGAGAAUACUUCCUCACAACCUAUCGUGAAGACGAUCUAGAUGUCCUGUUCGAAGCUUUCCAGAUUGAAUCCCUGAUAGACGAAUUGAUCAAUGUGCCGAAACCCUACACGCGCGAUGAUGCCAAAUUCUGGCUCGACAAUCAACUCACCGCAACUCGCGCUCUCCUUCCUCUUCCCACGGUCAAAGAGCGCAAUGAGAUGUUCUUCGAUGAGAAGAGUGAUAUGCCGAUACGGCAGGUACCUUUACAGGUUAUACGGCAUAGAGAGAAAUUGAUUGGGUGUUGCUCUAUCUCGCCUCAUUCUUGCAAUCCCCAGGUUGGUGAGGUGGGGUAUUGGCUACAUCCUGAUCACCAUGGCAAACGCAUCAUGCAAGCCGCAACUCGAGCACUGCUCCGGUAUGCUGCGAAUGAGUUCGGUGUACGGAAAGUUAUUGGCCGUGCUGAAGGAGGGAACAUCGCCAGUCAGAAGAUCAUCGCGAGGUUGGCGGAAGAAACUGGGGGUAAAGGUGUUGUCGAGCCAAAGAAAGGGACGGAGAAAUGGCCAGAGAAUAAGAAGGGUGGAGAAACCAGAGAUUUGCUGAGUUGGGAGUGGAGUGUGAAGCCGGAUAGGGAGUUUGAAGGGGAAUUGAGCGAUUAAAUGUGAAUCUGUAGAAAAUCAUUUCGUCAGAGCUAUGGCGAAGUAGUUGGCUUGAGAAGUUCGAGUCAUAAUUUCUUCUUGAUCUUUAACUAAGACCUGCUUCAGACUCAAGGUAACAACCGACGAGGAUCGGUGGUCAAUCCUUGGAUGGUAUGUAUUUGGAACACAUAACAAAUCCUAUAUAACCACUCGGUGGUCGAAGUAUCCACAAUACCUUGAUUUCCCUUGGUUUAUCAGAAUCUGCUUGAUCCAAUACGAG